UUGUGCAUUGGGCGCGGUGGUUUGCCACGCACAGCAGCACCCCAACACGAUGCUUGGCCUUGCACUGGCUGGGGUGUUGGCAAUCAUCUGCGGUAGGGCGGAUGGUUUCGCUUCUCCGAUCAAGAUGAGCCGCAGAUGGUCUAGUUCAACCUUACCGUUACAAGCAAUUGAAUCCUCAUCGACUGCUGGCGGACAGACCGAAGACCUGCCGCAGGCGUUGAUCUUUGACUGCGACGGCGUACUAGCAGAUACGGAGCGUGAUGGUCACCGUCCAGCUUUCAACUCCGCGUUCAAGAUCAAGAACCUAGACUGCGAGUGGAGCGUUGAGCUAUACGGAAAGCUGCUGUCUGUUGGCGGUGGGAAGGAGCGAAUGACGGCGCACUGGGAUGAGGUGGGCUGGCCUGAUUGCGCCAAGACAGCCGACGAGCGAUCGCUGCUUGUCAAGGAGUUGCACCUCCUCAAGACGGCGUUGUUCAACCAGGCCGUGGUGAACGGGGAGAUACCUCUCAGGACGGGAGUUAUCCGGUUGAUCGACGAGGCCAUCUACCGGAAGGUCCCCCUGGCAGUGUGCUCGACUUCGAACGACAAAGCUGUGACAAAUCUGGUCAAGACCCUGAUGGGGAAAGAGCGCCUGGAGCGUAUACAAAUAUUCGCCGGCGACAUCGUGGAAAAGAAGAAACCCAACCCGGAUAUUUACGACCUCGCCAAGGAUACAAUGGGGCUGGACCCUGCUCGCGUGGUGGUCAUCGAGGACUCGCACAUCGGACUGACUGCGGCGAAGGCUGCCGGGAUGAACUGCCUGGUGACGAAGAGCAGUUACACCGGGGAUGAAGACUUUUCUGCGGCAGACCAAGUGACGGAGGAGCUGGGAGAGGACGGUGAAGCCAGCUCCUCUGUAACGCUAGCUACUCUGGGAGCAAUCGUUAGGAAACGCGCGAGCGCAGCCUCCUCGUGAGAUCGGAGCAAGCAACAACCUUGGCUCUCCGAAAGGCGCACUUUUCUUUGAGCAAACGUUGUUGUUUCUUCAGAAACGUGUAGAAUCCGUUGUUCGUAGCAUAGACUUGUGUGUGCUGCCGGCUGUUUUUCUGCGCGAAAGAUAUCCCACGAGUCCACGUCGCUGGUCUCACCUUUACUCAAGGCUUCGGGGUUUCUAUAUUGUGUCCCUUUCGCACACCUCUGUCGGGGUGUCCUUUUCACACACACGCAUCUCGGCGCGUCCCCAGAAAAGGUCGCGGUUUACCCGAACAGCAGUCCUUGGUGUUGGAAAGAGGUGGCAUUGGUAGGUUGGGUGUGCCGCGCUACAGAUCUCUUCUCGGGGUGUUGCCAGGCCGCAGCAUACGUUUGCGGACACAAAGAUGCAGCAUUUGUGCGGAUCUUGUUGUUCGCCUCUUGGCUUGUUGAAAAUUCUCGCGGCAAUCUGCGGGCCCGACGAGAGCGAUAAUAGAGUCUCCGCGACAAAAAUUCCUACAGACCAUGCGGCAGAACUAGUGGGUAAGAAGUGGUCUACGAAGGAGAGGAGCACCACGCAGUAGUGGUGCAACAAUUAAUCCAGAGAGUGUCGACCAGUAGCAUAUGCUACUCAGCAACACUGUUCCCGCUUACCCCCAUAAGCUGAGAACGGCGACGGCAUUGCCAGCGUAACAUUGUGUGUACAGCUGUACCGCGUAGUAUCGCGAAAUAGACGGGACGAGAAAAGAAGAGGCGCUCGCGUGUAGGAGAACCGGCGAAAAGUAUUUUGGCGCACAGAAGCUUGUGGCUUGGUCGUUUCGCAGAAACUAAUUAACAGGUCUAGAC